AUCACACUCAAUAUUCACAACUAGAAGGAAAAGCAAGACUCUCCUGACUCUCUGGACUUCAAGGAUAUCAUUAUGUUGUAUUGGAUGAAUUUAAACUAGACAAGACUUCUUUCUAAAACACUUUGAGAAAGGUAAAUUGAGCUUGCCUGAGGGGAGAGGAACACAAGAGAGGAGAGACAAUUGAACGUCACCAUCGACCAAGACCUGAAAAAAUGGUGCUGGAUGAACACAGGAUUAGAACUUAAUUGUAAAAGGGAAGGGAACUCUUGACAGGCAAUUUGCUUCGUUUUCACAUUCAUCAUGGCACAAAUCCUCUGGCUGGCUGGUUGAUGGGACUGUCCAACACUUCUGCUUAGGUUCAGUGCAGAUCCCUUCUGCUUACACAUCGAAAAACCUGGGAACUGGAUGGUGCCAAAUACAGGAAUGGAAAGAGAAAUGGACUCUGACGAGUUAAGAUGGAAGUGACUUGACAGCAACAAACUCAGCAGUUGUCUCCAGUAAGGACAGGUUGAGACGGGAAUCUCAAGCUUCUCUGGAAGAGCAGUAUGCAGGAAGCUGGUUUUCAGGCCACAAAUGCUUUCACAGAGUGCAAAUUCACCUGCGCCAGUGGUAAAUGCUUGUAUCUUGGUUCACUGAUUUGUAACCAACAGAAUGACUGUGGGGAUAACAGUGAUGAAGAGAACUGCCUGCUUGUAACAGAGCAUCCACCUCCAGGCAUCUUCAGCUCUGAAUUGGAGUUUGUUCAAAUCAUCAUUAUAAUCGUGGUUAUAACUGUUAUGGUGGUAGUGAUCAUCUGCUUGUUGAACCAUUACAAACUCUCGACACGCUCCUUUAUCAACCGACAGAGCCAAAGCAGAAGGCAGGAAGAAACUCUGCAGACGGAGGGGUGCUUGUGGCCUUCAGAAAGCUCAGUUUCGCGCCAGGGUGCUUCAGAGAUCAUGUACGCCCCAAGGUCCAGGGACAGGUUUACCACCCCAUCUUUCAUGCAGCGGGACCGUUUCAGUCGCUUCCAGCCCACUUACCCUUACAUGCAGCAUGAGAUCGACCUUCCUCCGACCAUCUCCCUGUCCGACGGCGAGGAGCCGCCGCCGUACCAGGGCCCGUGCACUCUGCAACUCCGGGACCCCGAGCAGCAGAUGGAGCUCAACCGGGAAUCCGUCAGGGCGCCGCCCAACCGAACCAUUUUUGAUAGCGACUUGAUAGACAUCUCCAUGUACAAUGGGGGUCCCUGCCCACCCAGCAGCAAUUCGGGCAUAAGUGCAACCAACUAUAGCAGUAAUGGAAGGAUGGAAGGACCACCCCCGACGUACAGCGAGGUCAUGGGGCAUUACCCAGGCUCCUCUUUUUUCCAUCACCAGCACAGCAACAUGCCUCCUUCCUCGCAGAGGGGGAGCAGACUUCAGUUUCAGCAGAACAAUUCAGAGAGCACAAUAGUCCCCAGCAAAGGCCAGGAGCGGAAAGCAGGAAACCUGGUCUAAGUUACUCGUCCAGGUGCGUUUGGACUGAAGACAGGAGAUCCCAGCAGGGCGGUGGAGGAAGGCCCCGUGCUCCGGUGCACAGUGUUGUUACGUUUCACGUGGUACAACUGAGUAAAACCAAACGUGCAAACCAGUUCUUUGUUUCUGAUUCCUUUCAGGGGAAUUGCAUGCAAAGCAGAUUGAAAGAAAUACAAACUUCCAUUCAGUUUGUCUACGAGCAGUGUUUUAGGGGAGGGGGGGAAUAUAUUAUUUUUUUUUAAUAAACUAUUUCAAUUAUUUAAUUCUAAAAGUUAACUUAGUACAGAAAUGAGGCUUGUACAGCCUGUUUUAUACUCACUGAAUGGCAGAAGGAAGAAGGUGGUUUUGCUAGAUAAAUGGGGGAAGAAUUGGCCAGUUUGCUUUUUUUUUUCCUCCCAGGGUGUGAAUUUUUUUUAAUAUGAAACAAAAUUCCUGUUCUGUGUGCCAAGGUAUAAAGUUGAGAACUUAGAUGAAUGCAAGGAAUUAAUUUGUGUUGUGAUAAAUGUGUUUUUAAAAAGUUGCACUAUCUUACUGUUUUAAAAAAAUAUAUAUGAGGGAACUGUUUUAUGUGAAGUUCUUCUAUAUGUUGUUGUUUCACCUGUGGAAUAAUGAUAGAUCCCUAGAGGUAAUCUGGAGGAGUUUGCCCCCUCCCCCUGGGUUUGCUAGAAGGUGGGGACAGGACUUAGCCUAACAUCUCUUGACUUUUACAAUUCAGAAAAUACAGGGACACUUGUCUUUGCAAUAAUUUGCAUUCAAAUAACAGUGUAUCAAUGGAGUGUCUUGGAGGCUUUUGGAUGGAAGAAGGCAAAUAUGAAAUCCCAGCAUUUUCCAUCACUUAAGGUUUAGCUAUUUUGCAGUAUAGACUAUUUCUUUCACCAAUGGCAAGGCUAAAAUUCCCAGAUGCGUUGAUUUGUAUUGAUUCUAAGUGCUGCCAUUCUUUUCCUUUUCAUAAUGCAGUAUCACCAGUACUUACUGUUCUAGAGAUUUUUGUCCUCACUGUAGCCUGAAAUGUAUUUAGUCACAUAUCAUGACAUUAUGCAAUAAAUUGUUUGAAAAUGCAGGGUGGGAUUUUUUUCCCCCUGCAGCGCUGUUCAA